AUGAAUUCCGAAUUCCAGCAACCAAGCGUGCAAGACUCUGGCUUCCCGACUUCUACUCUCCCAAACGCCAGUCACUAUGUCGAUUAUACGCAGCCAUUCGAUCCGUCAACUUCCUUUUACGAGCUCCCCUCUUCAGCUUCUGACGGCCAAGGGUAUUCAUUACCUCAGUUCGUGGCGAACACACUUGUUACUAGUACGGGGGAUAUGGCACCUGCUACCGGAUAUCCCACUGCACCGUUCGGGACAAACCAGAGCACGGGUCCUGUAACUAGCCCUCUCGACAAUACUCCCAUUAGCUUCUUUUCCAACGUCGACAGUCUUGGUGCCUUCUCGCCCCAGUGGUCUACCCUUGCACAAUCAACAAACCAGCCAGUCUUCGGUACGUCGACUCAGCUUGUUCAAAUGCCAGAGGCUUUGCAGUCGAUCCAGUUUCCAUACAUCGCCCCCAUGCGGGGAUCAUUUCCAGCUCAGUUCUUGACUACCAUUCAGGGUAAUCGUUCUGAUACAACGCAGCGCUCAACCCAGACUGCCCAACCCAGAAUGAGAGCGGAACCGCCCACCACCGCCAGCGAAGUGCCACAUUUCAGAGAAGACCCAUUUGUCGUUUCGCAACCCUCGCGAUCUGGAUCAACUUCGGGAAGCAACCACCAGAGGCGGCACCAACGGACAAAUAGCCUAGCUUCGCCGCCGCAAUACCAUGUUUCUCGACACCAUCGGUCUCGCUCUACUACCCAUUCUUCCCGAUCUCGAGCGCGCCCACAGACCAAUGCUACCCCAGCCAUUAUGCGAGAUCCAAGCUAUCAAGACCCGGAAUACCACCCUUCCACCUCCGCCCCAACCACCCAUACCCCAAACACAACCUCAGCCCCACCACCUCGACAUUCGGACCGUCCAGACAACCGCGCCCGCCUCAACGCCUACCUCCGUAACAUGCAUCCGGCCGACGUCCAAGCCAUGUACGAAGAAACCCUCCGUCACGGCUGGGCGCAGAAGAAAGGGCUCGACAUCCCACAAAAUGACCGUCCCGAGCCGAAGGAAACGGAAGAGCUCACCCUAAAUAUGGAAUGUAAAGUCUGUAUGGCGCAACUCAUCGACACAGUGUUGCUCCCCUGUGGCCACGCGAUUCUAUGUCGCUGGUGCGCGGAUCAGCAAUUCCCCACGUACAAGGGGCAGAUCAAAAGCAAGGCGCCGUGUCCAAUGUGUCGGGAGACAGUAAGGCAGCGGCACCGGAUUUAUUUUCCGUAA